UUACAGUGCUAUAUUUUAUUUUUUUCAUAACUCGGACAACUCCUUUAAGGACUUUAACUACAAUACAACAAAAGCGAAACUGAAAGUAGUUUAGUGUUAUUACUUCCUUAUUCAGCAGCGAUUGUAUAGAAGCCAGGCAGCACUGUAGUCAGGCAGCACUUUAGGGUACGCUGCCUGUGACUUUCAUCCGGGCACAAGUCAAGAGCUUCUACUUGUUCUAGGCUCUAGUAAUGUGUGAAGAUUUACUCAAGAAAACGAUGAACUUCUAGCUGGAUGGUGGGGGAAAGUUACUAUACCAGAAUGUGUCUCAUUGCUGAUCUUCUGUGGAUUGUGUCCUUCUGGCCAUCAGCCUCCAGUAACAUAAUUGUUUUGAGGAGUGAAGGUGAAGAUGUGAUUCUACCUUGCAUUGUUAAAUACAAAGAAGAGUUUUCAUAUCAUGAGCUCUUUGUUAGGUGGAAAACUGACAACAACAUUUUUGUUAAACUUUUUUUUUAUGGAGACUAUCAAAAAGAAAAGCAAAAUGACAUUUUUAAGGAAAGAACAGAACUAUUUUAUAAAGAGUUUCCAAAAGGAAAUUUGUCUCUGUUACUACACAAUGUACAGAUAUCUGAUACAGGAAUAUAUGAAUGUCUUGUAAUGACACAGAAAUCUAGGUAUACAAUGAAAACAGAGCUUUUGGUACAAGGCAAAGUGAGUGCAUCCACAAAUGAAAGCUCAGCAGUUAAAGUCUCUGCCAUAGUUCUGAUUUCUUCUGUUCUAAUGGGCCUUGUUGUAUUUCUACGGAGGAGGAAGAGGAGCAGAGGCAGCACUGUGUCAACACCUGAAAAAAAGCCAAAACAUACUGCACAAGAUAGAAGACAAACAAGAAAAGUGAAAAAAAGAUAGAAGGCUGGUUUCCCACAGCAUAGUUUUGAAAUGAUUUAGUUUUCAUUGCAUUUUAACAGCAAUCGAAUCUAUAGUAACACAUUAAAGGGCAUCUGUCAGCAGAUUUGUACCUAUGACACUGGCUGCCCUGUUGUAUGUGCGCUUGGCAGCUGAAGGCAUCUGUGUUGGUCUCAUGUUCUAAUGUGCCUGCAUU